UAAAGGCUGAGCCUAAGGCCCCUGAAAACAAUUGUGGACUCCUGUGACCCUGUCCCCGUUUGAGCUGACUGCGCCUAUGCCAGCCGCGGGCCCAGCAGGUCUUUAAAACAUGAAUUCUUUACUCUUUCUGGUUGCCCUUGGCUUGGGCAUAGCCACAGCUUCUCUAAAAUUUGAUCCAAGUUUAGAUGCACAAUGGAAACAGUGGAAGUCCACAUACAAGAGGCCAUAUGACUAUAAUACGAAUGAAGAAGGAUGGAGGAGAGCAGUAUGGGAGAAAAAUUUGAAAACGAUUGAACUACACAAUCGGGAAUAUAGCCAAGGAAAACAUGGCUUCACAAUGGCCAUGAAUGCCUUUGGUGACAUGACCAAUGACGAAUACAGGCAGCUGAUGAAUGGCUUUCAAAACAGAAAACGCAAGAAGGGGAAGAUGUUCCGUGAACCUGUCUUUCAUGAAAUCCCUAAAUCUGUGGAUUGGACUCAGAAAGGCUAUGUAACUCCAGUAAAGAAUCAGGGUCAGUGUGGUUCUUGUUGGGCUUUUAGUGCAACUGGUGCCCUUGAAGGACAGAUGUUCCGGAAAACUGGCAGGCUUGUUUCUCUCAGUGAGCAGAACCUGGUGGACUGCUCCCGGUCUGAAGGCAACGAGGGCUGCAAUGGGGGCUUCAUGGAUUUUGCAUUUGAAUACAUUAAGAAAAACAAAGGCAUUGAUUCAGAGGUUUCCUAUCCAUAUUUAGGAACGGACACAAAUCCGUGUACCUACAAGCCUGAAUUUUCUGUUGCCAAUGACACUGGCUUUGUGGAUAUCCCUCAGAGGGAGAAGGUACUAAUGAAGGCAGUGGCUAAGUGGGGUCCUAUCUCUGUUGCUAUUGAUGCAAGCCAUGUGUCUUUCCAGUUCUAUAAAUCAGGCAUUUAUAAUGAGCCAGACUGUAGCAGCAAAGACCUGGAUCAUGGUGUUCUGCUCGUUGGCUAUGGCUUUGAAGGAAAAGAUUCAAAAAGUAGUGCAUUUUGGCUAGUUAAAAACAGCUGGGGGAAACGUUGGGGCAUGAAUGGCUAUGUAAAGAUGGCCAAAGACCAGAACAACCACUGUGGGAUCGCCACAGCAGCCAGCUACCCAAUAGUGUGACCUGAUGGACCAUCAGAAAGGAACCAGGAUAGACCGGCCACAGGGGUUUUUAUCUUGAACUGACCAACUUUUAUUUUGUUAGAUAAAACACUUGAAUAAUGGAGGACCUAAGUUGUGAUUUUAAUUCUGUGACAUUUUACACUGGCAAAUGUACAACUACUUCAAUUAAUACUAUAAACAGCUUUGUAAUUAA